CCCACGACGGCUUCUUCGUUCAUCACAAAAUCCAACAAUAACGGAGUGGAAAGGAAAAGAACACAUCGUCCCUUCAUCAAUUUCUUAUCACCUCCCUGCCUUCCUCAUCCCACUGCGAAGAUGAGUGCUCCCAGACGCAGUGCCUACGAGGCCUUUGCUGCCCCCAUCGAUCAUCCACGGAGAAUCGCGCAACCUUUUCCUCACGACUAUCAGCGAGGUCAGAGAGAGGCUCGGGCUCAAGAGAAGACCGACAACAGCGAGAAGAUCGUCGGCGAGACAGCCAAGAUGGCCGAGACGCUCACAGAGGGCGCCUCCCAGACCCAGUGCGUCUUCAGCGACGAGGAUAUCAUCCCCGGCACUAGCAUUGCUGGCGUCUCUGGCCGCCUUGGUGACGCCAAGCUUGUCUCGAUGCAGCGAAUGGUCAUGGACUCUGUUCCUGAGGGAAGCCAGGUCAAGAUCAUCUACAUCAUCUCCAAGAAGGAGAAUGAUAAUAAUGGUCAAGUUGGGGCUGCCAACAAUGCCGCCGCUGCGGAAGCCGGACCUGCUGACAAUGACCGCAUUGUUCUCCUGAACAAUGCGGUCAAGGACCGUAUCCGUGCCCAGAUCCGCCAGCGCGGCGGUGGCCAGGCUGAUGAAGAUGAUGAAGAGGAUGGCAUCUCCCAGCGGCCUAGAAAGCGCCUCCGUCUGGGCACUCCCUUCCUAAGAGUUUCUCGCCGAGCCAUGGCCCCCAUGCAUGUGUCGCCGGGAGACGUCAAGGCUGAGGAAGACGAGGACGAGGAAAACAGCGUCAAACAUGAGGGUGAGAAUCUUGAGGAGCACGACGAAGAGAACGGUGAGCCCUCGCAGCAGCAGGGAAUCCCCGGAUUUGCUCUACUCAGCCCCGCUGAGAUGCUGGCCACGGCUAGGCGAGAGCGACUCAUGCACGGAGAGGAGCAAAUCAAACACGAGCUCAAGGAGGAGGUCGACGAAGAGGUCAAGGAGGAGAAUGACGCCGAGGCCCUAUUCUUUUCUAUACCCAACGAAGUCAUCUAUCGCUUCAGUCGCAGCCAUCCCAGCCUGCGGGCCAUGGGUAGAGAGACUCGAUCCCUGUACCGUCUUCCUUCCAGUUUCCCGUCUCCAGCUAGACCCGCCCACACCGCUCACCAGAACAACAUCUCUGACAACGAUAAUGGCGACGAUGAUAACAACGAAGAGCAAUACUUCCAAACGAGAUACGCUGGUGUUCCCUUUGACGAGUUCCUUGCCGGACACGCCGGCCCCUUCCUCGAUGAGGACCCUUACCCCCUCCUUCGGAGCUUGAACGACGGCACCGACUACCACGGAUAUCACUAG